AUCGGAUGGUCUAGACUCUAGAGUCGCCGUACUGCUGUUGUUAGGGAUUCUAACAACGUUUUUCUUCCAAUUCCUGGCCAUAUGCAUACACUGAUACACGUAUACGGAGUCAUAUAGUACGAGUACUCCGCGUUGACAUUUUGAUAUAAGUAUGCGCAUGGAUGCCGAAAUACAGGUAGUGUCAGUGUGGCUCAACGCCGGGGAGUGAAAUCUCAGGAAUCGGACGCUUCUAUAAUUUCGCCAUUUGGAUUAGCUAAUGAUAAUGGAUAUCGAUUCUCCAGUGUCGCUGAUCCCCGGUGACAAUAUUCUCAGUCGAUUAUGUAUCCUUGAGAGGCUGGAGAUACUUGGAGUCCCUAAGGAGAAUUUGAAACGGCUUCAGCCUGGACUAGUUGAUUAUGUAAAAAACAAUAAGUCUCAAAUUCCUGAGAUUGUGUCAGCUAUCUUGCCCAGUGACAAUGAAGCAGUUAAGGCCGAUCAAGAAACUGCAGUACAAUCUCCAAAAGCAAGCAGUGGCUCAGGUUUUGAAGAUUUAUUCCAUGAAAGCAUUGUCUGGUUACAAUGGCUGAUGUUUGAGGGCAAACCAUGCACCGCAUUAGAGCACUUAGCACGUAUGAAUGUUGGUCAACGCGGCGUUUGUGGGUCUGUUUGGGGAAACAAUGAUAUUGCUUAUCGUUGCCGGACAUGUGAAAAUGAUCCUACAUGUGCAAUUUGUGUACCAUGUUUCCUGAAUGGUAACCACAAGGACCAUGACUAUUCUAUUAUAUAUACCGGUGGUGGUUGCUGUGAUUGUGGGGAUGUCACUGCUUGGAAACGUGAGGGUUUCUGCUCGAAGCAUAGAGGUGCAGAGCAGAUACAACAACUUCCAGUUGCUUAUGCCAACUCCUUGGGACCUGUCCUGGAUUCUUUACUGUCUUGUUGGAGGAAAAGACUGCUUUUUGGAGAGGUGCUGACAGAGCUUAAAAAGCCUGCAGAGGGGCUGACAUCUGUUGUGGUGGAGAUGCUCUUGGAAUUCUGCAACUCGAGUGAGAGUUUACUUGGUUUUAUCUCUGAGAAGGUGUUUUCUUCAGGAGGUUUAUUAGAAGUUCUAGUGAGAGCAGAGAGGUUAAUUAGUGAUGAUGAUACUGUCCGCAAGCUUCAUGAGUUAUUACUGAAACUGUUGGGUGAACCCCGGUUUAAAUAUGAGUUUGCAAAAAAAUUUCUUAGCUAUUAUCCAACUGUAGUCAAGGAAGCCAUAAAAGAUUGUACUGAUACAGUUUUAAAAAAGUAUCCGCUGCUAUGUACAUUCUCUGUGCAGAUAUUUACAGUGCCUACUCUAACCCCACGUCUUGUGAAGGAAAUGAAUCUUUUGGUUAUGCUCUUGGGAUGUCUAGAAGACAUAUUUGUUUCUUGUUCUGGAGAACGUGGUCAAUUACAGGUUGAGAGAUGGGAACAUUUGUAUGAGACUACUCUUCGUGUUGUUGAAGAUGUCCGAUUUGUCAUGAGUCAUUCUGUUGUGACCAGAUAUGUGACUCAUGACAGGCAAGAUAUACUAAGAGUGUGGAUGAAACUGCUGUCUUUUGUGCAAGGAAUGAACCCUCAAAAGAGAGAAACUGGAAUUCAUGUGGAAGUGGAAAAUGAUAGUAUGCAUUUACCAUUUGUUUUGGGUCGUUUCAUUGGAAACAUUCUUUCUCUUUUAGUGGGUGGUGCAUUCUCCACAUGUAAUGAGACGGAAGAGGAUAAUUUGCUUAGCUCAUGCGAACCAGAUAUUGAAGAGCAUGAUAGCCAGAGGCAUGCCAAAGUUGGAAGGUUAUCACAAGAAGCUUCUGUUAGUAGUAUGACAAGUCGUAGCUCAUUUGAUCAUGCAUCUAGCGCCACUGAAAUAAAAGUUGAUAAUUAUCCAUUUCCACCAUCUGUUUCAGGGUUAGCUUUUGAGUGUUUAAGGGCUAUAGAAAUCUGGUUAGGAGUAGAUGAUGCAUCAGGGAAACUCCUCUACCUCCUAUCUCAAAAUACUAGUCUUAGUUCUGGCAAUAGUUACUUUGUAUUGAAGAGAACACAUUCCAAGUUUAGAAAUGCAAAGCACGUUCUUAAAUUAUACGAUUCCCCUUUAGGUGAUAACAAUAAAAUUGCAAGUAAACAUCAUUCUCAUAGUUACUGUGGUAACCUGGACGGUCAAAUUUUGGAACACGACGUUGCCACUGAUGGUUCUAAUGACAGUAAACGUGAUCAAGAUUAUGCCCCUGAGUUAGAAGCCCUCCAUGUGCUAAGUUUGUCUGAUUGGCGAGAUAUUACAUAUGCUGUUAGUGUGCAAGAUAUAUCUGUUCACAUUCCAUUGCACCGACUACUUUCUAUGAUUAUACAAAGGGCACUAGAAAAUUGUUAUGGUGAAAGUGCUGCUGCAUCAUUCCCCACACAUCAUGAUUUUUUUGGCUAUGUUUUGGGAGGUUGCCAUCCACAUGGAUUCUCGUCAUUGGCUAUGGAGCAUCCUCUUCGGAUUAGGGUGUUUUGCGCCCAAGUACAUGCUGGAAUGUGGCGUAAGAAUGGUGAUGGUGCUAUUCUUUCAUUUGAAUGGUACCGCUCUGUGCGGUGGUUUGAACAAGGUUUAGAGCUUGAUCUCUUUAUGCUUCAAUGUUGUGCGUCCCUUGCUCCUGCUGAUCUUUUUGUCAAGAGAGUUGUAGAACGUUUUGAGCUAUCAAAUUACCUCUCGUUGAAUUUCGAACAGUCUAGUGAGUAUGAGCCCACUUUGGUGCAAGAAAUGCUGAUUCUUAUUAUACAAAUAGUUAAAGAACGUCGGUUCUGUGGGUUAUCUAGCCAGGAGUGUUUGCAAAGAGAAUUGUUAUAUCGGCUAUCCACUGGAGAUGCUACUCGCAGUCAAUUGGUGCAGUCUCUUCCUCGUGAUCUAUCAAAGAGUGAUAAACUUCAGGAAGUUUUAGAUUCCAUAGCUGUGUAUUCUAAUCCCUCUGGCACAAAUCAGGGAAUGUAUAAAUUGCGGUUGCCAUAUUGGAAAGAACUUGAUUUGUAUCAUCCUCGUUGGAAUUCAAGAGACUUACAAGUUUCAGAAGAAAGAUAUAUGCAGUUCUGUAAUGUAUCUGCGUUAACCACUCAGCUACCAAAAUGGACAAAGAUAUAUCCUCCUCUUUGUGGGAUUGCACAAAUAGCAACUUGUAGGGCAACCCUUCAAAUUAUCCGCGCUAGUCUAGCUUAUGCUGUUUUCCCGAGUAAAUCAAAUCGGUCACGUGCUCCUGAUGAUGUUCUUUUAACUGUGCUGCAUUUACUGUCACUAGCUUUGGAUAUUUGCUACGCACAUAAGGGGUCUAAUGGCCAUCCUUGUUACGGUGGUGGUGUGUUUCCCCUUUUGGCACAUGCUUGUGAAGACGUUCCAAUGAGUAAAUAUGGUGACCAGAGCUUGCUGUCUCUUCUUGUUUUACUGAUGAGGAAAUACCAGAGAGUGAAUGAUUUAAUGGAAACUGGUAGCUUAAACCUUUCAUCUUUGGUUGAGAGUUUGCUGAAGAAGUUUGUGGAACUUGAACCUGGGUGCAUGACCAAACUCCAAAGCCUUUCACCUGAAAUAACCAUUCAGUUCUUGCAGUCUUUUCCUGGUGGUAAUGGUAAUGACUCGGGGUCACUUUCGGAUAGUGACAAGCGCAAGGCUAAAGCUCGAGAGAGACAAGCUGCUAUACUGGAGAAAAUGCGGGCUCAGCAAUCAAUGUUUCUGGCAAGCAUUGGCUCCACAGAAGAUGCUGAAGACAAUGAUGCUAGAGUUGGAAAAGAAGUAUGUGGUUCUCGGGCAGGACAUACUUCUGAAGAAAUGUUAAUCACUUGCUCCCUCUGCCAUGGUUCAACCUCUAAAAGUCCCCUAUCAUACCUAAUCCAUCUUCAGAAAUCCAAGCUUCUAAGUCUUGUGGACAAAGGGCCUCCGUUGUGGGAACAAACUCACCGCUCGGGAAAGGAGCCAAUGUUUACUGUAGGAGAUAAAGAAAAUGUUUCUCCAAAAAGAAAUGUUUCAAGCAGUUUAGACAUGAUAUCAUCAUUUCACUCAACAGGUUUAGUUCAAAAUGCAGUCGAUGGUUUUGCUUUAGGAGGGCAUCCUAAAGAAGUAGAAAUGUUAGUGGGAUUUAUCAAGUUUCACUUUCCUACAAUGAAUAGCAUUAAGCUUCCUUGUACUGUGAGUAUUGCAAAUGAAAAUGUUAAAAAAACAGAUGGUUUUCAGUCAUUUGAUGAGUACGUGUACUCGUUGGCUCAGGAAAGAAUGCACACCAGUUUGGCUAGUUUAGAAUAUACAUGGAGUAACAAAAGAUCGUCUUCUACUCAUGAGUGUUUGGACUGCAGUGAAAAUUACGAAUCAUUAGUGCUUGGGAAAUACGUUGCUGCACUUUUUAGAGAAACACGGGAUAAUCCUUCUGGAUCAGGAAAUGAAUACAAAACAGUAUCUGAAGCUAAGAAGCAGUUUGCAGCAUAUGAUGUAUUUGGACCCUCAGAUUGUGAUGGGAUCUAUCUUUCUUCCUGUGGGCAUGCUGUGCAUCAAGGGUGUUUGGAUCGCUAUUUACAAUCACUCAAGGAAAGAUAUACAAAAAGAGUUGUUUUUGAAGGUGGUCAUAUUGUUGAUCUGGAUCAGGGGGAGUUCCUCUGUCCUGUUUGUCGUGGGCUUGCAAAUGCAGUUCUUCCAGAACUGCCCAAUGAUGUGAAACUGGCACCACCAGGUGAUUCUUCUCGUUAUAUAUUUGAUCCUAAUAGCUGCUUAACCUCAUCAAGUGGAGUGGCAGAUUCACUGCAUGUUAAGGAAGCCGUAUCCCUCCUGCUGAGUGUGGCUGAUGUUGCUGGUAAGAGUGAGGUUCUCAGAGAGCUCCCACUGCAACGCGGAAGGCUAAGAUCAAAUCUUGAAUCCAUUACCCGUGUAAUUGGUGGAAUGCAUUAUCCUGGGAGCGACAAGAUUUUUAAAUCAGAUAGGCUAAGCCCUUCAAUAAUUUUGUAUGACACACUCAAGCACUCCAUUAUGUCAAUUGAAAUUGCUGCUCGGUCCAGGAAGACCUCAUUGACGUCAAACUGCACCCUUGGUGCUCUUUAUAAGGAGCUCAAGUCUUCCAAUGGUUUUAUAUUAUCUUUGUUGCUAUGUAAUGUAAAUAACACAAGAACAAAGAACUCACUUGAUGUUCUUCUAAGAUUAAGAGGCAUCCAGCUUUUAGCAGCAUCUAUAUGCUCAAGCACUUUGGCAAGUGAAACUACAAGCAACAAAUACAGAGGCAAUAUACAAGAAAUCUUGGAACUUUCUGAUAUAGAAGUUCAGUAUCCUGAUAUCCAGUUCUGGAACCAGGCUUCCAAUCCUAUCCUUGCACACGACGCUUUUUCAUCAUUGAUGUGGACAAUUUAUUGUCUUCCUUGCCCUGUUCUUUCAUGCGAGGGCACCUUUUUAUCUAUUGUUCAUCUUUUUUAUGCUGUCACCAUCAGUCAGGGAAUAGCAACAUACUGCAAAAAGAGGCAAUACAGUUUGAGUGAAUUAGGGGAAUAUGAUAACCUGAUUACAGAUGUUUGCAAAGUUAUGCAAGAUCAUAGAGCUGCUGGCGAUUAUUUUGAUUCUAAUUAUAUCGAAACUUCUUGUGAUAUCAAGGAGGCAAUUCGUAGCCUGAGCUUUCCAUAUUUACGAAGAUGUGCACUAUUAUGGAAAUUAGUUCAUUAUUCAACCUUGAUUCCAUUUAGUGAAGGUUCAUUCAUAUCAGAUGAAUUAUCCUAUUCAACCGAUGAGAUGAUGCAAACCGUUGAUGUUUAUGGAGAGGAACUCUUUGAAAUAGAAAAGUUGGAAAAGAUGUUUAAAAUUCCACCCCUUGAUGUUAUUUUUAAUGAUGAGGUUUUACGGUUUGUAGUUCCAAGAUGGUUCUUGUGCCUUUCCAAGGAGUUUCAAGAACAUAAUCGACAGGGUGUCUUGCUUUCCACCCCUGCUGUUCCAUUUAGAUUAAUGAGUUUACCUCAUCUUUAUCAAGAUUUGUUGCGAAGGUAUAUUAAGCAGCAUUGCCCUGACUGUGGAACUGUUGUUGAGGAACCUGCAUUGUGCCUGCUUUGUGGUAAAUUAUGCUCACCUUCUUGGCGAACGUGCUGCAGGAAAAACAUUUGCCAAACUCAUGCAUUUGCUUGUGGUGCUGGUACUGGGGUGUUCUUGUUAAUUCGAAAAACUAAAAUCUUGCUUCAACGAUCUGCUCGUCAAGCAUUAUGGCAUUCCCCUUACUUGGAUGCAUUUGGUGAAGAGGACAUUGAGAUGCAGAGGGGGAAGCCUUUGUAUCUGAAUGAGGAGCGCUAUGCAGAUCUAACACACAUGGUGGCUUCUCAUGGCAUUGAUCGAAGUCCCAAGGUGCUUCGUCAAACAUCUGUUGGCUUUUACAUACUGUAGCUUCAACUGCUGUGAUAGCAGUAGUAGCACUUAAUGCCUUAAGAGAGGUAAACAAGUUGUAAAUGUUUCAAAUCAAGAGGAUCUGCUUGUCAGUGUUAUCCAUUAUCCUCAUAUAGUCAUAUCUACAGCUCAAUUGAGAUACUGGGUUUCACAUUUAGAGCUUGGAUUUUCUUUGGCAUGGAGGGUAAAGGAUGCCUGGUUGGCCACUGAUUGAUUGCCUGCCUACACACACAGCUGUACAGCUGUACAGUUUUGAUUGCUUGCUUUCCAUUUCUUUACCAAACCCUUUUACUAUUAUUAUUGUUGUAUUAAUAGAUUUCUAGUGCAACAUUAGUUGGGUAUAGUGACAAAUUCCAUUCCAAUGAAUAAGGGAUGAGUUUCUUAUACCAUCAGUCCAUCAUACCAUGUGCUCGACUGCUCGGUUAAUCGUUGAAUUUGAUUGGUCCAAUUCC